AUGGCUACGAAAAGGCAAUCAAAUGUUCUGAAUGCUGAUAUUGAUACAGUGCAGAAGUGGAAGAGGAAUCAUUUGGACAUAUCCAAUGAAGUGCUCCCUGAUCAGCCCAAUGUUGAUGAGGAAGAUGAUGUGAAAGAAGUAGACAGCUUAGCCUGUGCAAAGGAGAGCUGUGAAGAGAUCCUGCUCAAGGCUGGGUUUGAUGCUGCAAUGCAGUUGUGGUUCACCAGUAUCUGA